AUGGGAUUAGAUUUUGAACUAGAAACCAAGAAAUGCGCAGAGACUCUAUUUAUUUCGGGCGGGCUGUUUUUAACUUGCAUGCUUGUAUGGAAGGUGGUAUUUAGCGCGCCUGAAGAAGCAGCAGGCAGUUUAUGCGUUAGAACGCCGGAGCCGAAUCAGUUACAUUCUGAAGAAUCCAAGAGGCGCAUGCAGAUAAUUAAUGCAUCUGAUUUAGGCUAUAUUUUUAUUUCUUCUUGUGGCAUGCCAAAUCCACUCUGCUUCACUCUAUCCUAUAGUCUAAAUUAUACAGGCUUUUUUAUAGGGAUAGGAAAUAAAAAGAAAUAUAGUAUUAAUACCAAGAAUGCUAUACGCCAACAAAUAUUGCAAAUAGAAAAAAAAGUAUGCCAUUUCAUUAAGAGAGACACAGUAAUGGCAACAAAACUAGGAAGAGUGUGCGCAUCGAAAGAGCUCAUUAAAAAGCUAGGGAAUUUCAGGCUGUGCACUAUUUCUGAGAAGCUGGGCGCAUGCUUGAAAAAGAAUGAAGGGGGCGUGUAUAGUAUAAACGAGUGGGCAGACAGGACGCACACCGGUAUGAUAUGCAAAAUACUUGUUUGGACAGAGGCGCAGAAGAAAUUACGCGUAGAAAAGACAAAAGUGCCAGGGUGGGUAAUGGAGUGUAUAAUAGCGCAGAUGAAGUGGCCAACUCCAGAUGAAGCAGAUGGAUUCAGUGUGGGUUUUGCUGGAAGAAUAAUGCAGAAAAUAAAUUCAGUAGAUACUUGGCCAAUGGCUGGGGUGAUUAGACAAAGCAUUACUGUCUUUCAAGAUGUAUCAGAUGAUGCGCACCCCAGAGCAGUUUUAUUUUCUCUGUGCAAGCGAGCCUUUAUUAUUUCAUCAUCAGCAAAGUGCCGGGUAGAUUUAAUCCCUCUAAUGGAGUAG